CCCAGCUCCAAAAUGCUCGCCCCGACUUUUGCAAGCAACCUGAGUCCAACUGCGCGCCUAUUCUGAGAAUUACGGGUUCCCCACGAGGAUCGGUAGUUGACUGCGCGUGCGUUUGAGGCCUCGCUAGGUCACGUGGCAUCUGUCAUGGCCGCCUCCAUGGCUGGGAGGAGCGUGAACGCCGGGGCGUUGAUACGGGCGGCUGGAGGUAGUCUGUGGCGGGGCCCGGGCUCCCGCAGACCCGAGCUGGGGAGAGUUGUCGCCCAGUCGCUGGUCAGGCCCAGGGACUUCCGGAGCACAGGCCCAUGCCCGGCGGAGGAAGAAAAGCAGCAACCCGACCCGGAACCUCUCCCCGAGGACUUGGUGAACGUGGUUUUCGUGGACCGCUCGGGAAAGCGUAUCCCCGCGAGCGGCCGAGUGGGCGAGGAUGUGUUGCGCCUGGCCCAGCGGCACGGCGUCGAUUUGGAGGGCCACCCAAUCCACUGCCCACCGUCUUCCUGGCUUGUUUUUACCCAGCCUGUUCUGAGGAGGAGGACUUUAGGCCCCCCACAUAUGCCCUUUUCUUCCACAGGAGCCUGUGAGGCCUCCCUGGCCUGUUCUACCUGCCAUGUCUAUGUGAGUGAGGAGCAUUUGGCUGUUUUGCCACCACCUGAUGAAAGGGAGGACGACAUGCUGGACAUGGCUCCACAGCUGCAAGAGAACUCAAGGCUGGGCUGCCAGAUCAUCUUGACCAAGGAGCUUGAGGGUGCUCAGUUCACUCUGCCGAAAAUUACUCGAAACUUCUAUGUGGAUGGCCAUGUCCCCAAACCCCAUUGACAGGGAGGAACAGCCAAGGGGUCUGGAGGCACCUGCAGCUGCUGGACACGUGGGCCUCUUCCUCAAGGCUUGAUAGCUGCCCCAAUUGAGCGUGGGGUUUCUUUAAUGGACAUAGAGCCCAUCUCUUCUCAGGACCUAGCCCCGAUGACCAAAAGCUGGCCAGAUUGUGGAUACCUUGUGCCGGACUAGAGGGGACUCAGGAGAGAGGCCAUGGAGAAGUCUCCCUUUUCUUGGGAGGAAUCUACACUUGUACUUUAGAGGAAAAGGUCCCUCUCUUGCUUCAACCCUAGCAGGGGAGGGGGUGGGGCUCUUGGGCCCCCAAACUGGGGGUGUCUGUUAGAGCCACAAUAAAACACUUUGUUCACCAGA